GCCUGAUCCUGCUUCUCUUUGCCGGCGGUCUCCUGCAGAUGGCCUGGGUGGCGACUGUGGCGAAAUUUCUGGGAUCUCUUCUGCCAGCCAACAAGGUGAAGGUUGAAGUCGACGAUGCAGCCCCGCCUCUCCCUGGCCUGACGCCGAAAAACGCGGAGCCGUACCCGCGACCUGGCAGGCCUUACAAGCGCAGAUGGCUUCCUGUGUAUGCGGUCAUUAUGCUGGCGGCACUCCUUUGCCUAAAGCUUGGCCGGCA